UACAAACUAAUCACUUAUAAAUAUAUUAAUUGAACUAAUUAUAUAACAAGUCAAUAUAAAAAAUUCAAGCAGUUUAAAUUCGAUAUGUAGUCACAUGUUCUUGAACCGUUGCCAAUCGUAAUUGCUUAUUUGUCAAAAUAUGGCAUCGGCCGCAGGAAAUUACAAAAGAAUUCUUCAGCUGUUGGAAAAGUGGCCCAUUGACAAAAAUAAGGCUGGAGGAAGGGACCUGGGUGAAUAUUUGCGGGAGUACGUGAACAGAUCGUACAAAGAGAACAAAUUCGAAACGAAUUACAAGUACUGGGACAAGCAAUAUCUUUCAAUUAAAAAACUGGUAGAGAACGAACACAAAAACAAGUACCCUCGAGUGUUGUCUUCAUGUGCUACUGGCUUAAAUGCUGAGCAGUGCAACAUAGCCCUCUCUAACGAGUACCUCGCUGAACUUGAAAAAGAAAAUCAAAGCUUUUUCAAAAGAUUAAUUUCACUGAGACCUGAAAAGAAUCAAAGUUAA